AUGGAUGAAGUACAGUUUAGUGGCCAACCUGCCACUGUUGUUUUACAGCAACCUCAACCAGUAUUGGUGGAACCACUACGAGGACAUUUUCUAGCGAGAGAAUGGAGCUCUGGAAUUUGUAGUUGUUUUGAUGAUUUUGGGUCGUGCUUUUGUGGAGGAUUUUGCUUCCCUUGCUAUCUUUGUCAUCUUUAUAACAUUUCAAAAGAGGCAUGUUGGCUUCCUUUAUUAGGAGUUGGUGUUUUCCCUCUACGCAUUAAAUAUCGUGUGAAAAACAACAUAACUGGCUCAUUAAUUGAUGAUCAUUGUAUGACGUGUUGUUGUCCUAGUCUUGUUUUAUGCCAGUUAAGGCGAGAUAUGAAAUAUAUGGCAUCAAUGGGACAAACACUCUAA